ACCCCCCCGGGGAAAAAGAAACGAACCCGGUUUCGCGAGAUGCGGUCGCGUCGGACGUCAGAAUUCGCAGCGUAGAUGUGGUCUUCCAGUGUGUCCUAUCGGAGAAUGAAAGCCGGUUUGAGACGAUCCACCGAAACCCAUCCGGUUCGAUUCGAGAACUGGAGCUUGAAGUCCUUGGGACGUCGAUCCACCACGGUAGACGGCCCCGCGGUGCGCAGAGAAACGUGUGAGACGGUGUCGAGUUGUGACGGCAUGAAAACUCGACGAGCAGCGCCGUGACCAGACCCCUUUGUUGGUCGCAGGAGGGCCACAGCAUGCAGAGCGGGAAAACUGGCCGCUCUGACGCGGUGGAUGAACACGAGGAGUGUCGCGCUGGCAUGCAGAGCGGGCUAGGCGGACGUGCCUGUGAGCGCUCGGACGGACGAGGCGACGAAGGAUUCGGUCGACAUGACGCGUUUCUCGAGAGCAUUCAAACGACAUCGGCGGUCGGGGGAAGAGGUAGUGUCGCAUGCGAACGCGGUGUCGAUCCGUGACGAACAGGCCUCUAAAACCCGGUCAGAUCGUAACGCGAGCAUAACGGGCGGACUAUCGGGACCCGCGAUGACCGCGUGGACGUUCGCCGGAAGCUUCUGGAGCCAGAGAUCAGUGAGCUGGCGAGUGUUUCCAGAACGCUGGAACACGGACAUUCGCAAUGGCGGAGGUAUUGCCAUCGAUGAUGGAAGGGCCGGUAGAUUGAGCCAUUGCGACGAAGGCGGAUGCGAUCGGAUAAAAACGUCGAGGUCACCAAUUUGGAGGGUUACACCAAAACACGAGGUUUAAUGAUAAAGUAAUAAAGAAACGUUUAUUUACGACCUAACAACAUUAAACAAGUGCUCACUAGUUGACUGCUUGUGGCACGAGAACAGGCAAACACGCAAUUAUUAGAACAACAUUAGUGGUAAAAAUUAAUUAUACAUAAUGAUGGUUCAGAGUCGGAAAACAACACUUCGCGAGCGGCGCCGGUGGGAAGAGGGCGAAUGAAGCGGUCGUGACGUCGAAUAGAGCAGAGCUGUGGCCGAUGACUAUUGAACGCCGACGGCGAGGGAAGUGUCCGACGGCCGCUGCGAGUGACGCGUAGCGGGAAGCAGAAAUGUGGCGCGAAACCCGACAAACUACUAUAAUUUGUAGGUUAGACGUGAUUAUACUUUUUUGAGGGCACAACGAUUUGAUGAUAACGUCUUAUCAAUGUUUUUAAAUUGGAAUAAUUAUAAC